CAAUCGACGUUGACAGUGACGAUUUGCUCGUCACUUCCGGCGGUGGGCAAGAUGGCGGCGCCCGAAGAGCUGUUCGUGUGGGAAGGAGACUGGGGGCUGCCGUCCGUCAAUAGCGAUUGUUUGGUAGUUUUGGCGUACGCUCAAUUUUCCGGUGCUCCUCUCAAAGUCCACAAGUUAAGCAACCCGUGGAGAUGUCCAGGAGGUACCAUUCCCGCACUGAGGACUGCCCACAAGGAGGCGCUGUGGCGACCCUCUGACAUCAUCGUCCACCUCCAAAAACAGAAGUACAACGCCGACUUUGACCUGUCGCCCAAGGAGGCCGCAGACAGCCUGGCUUUCGUCGCGCUGGUCCAAGAGAAACUCUCGCCGGCCGUGCUGUAUGCGCUGUGGGUGGAGCCCAAGAACUUUGCGGAGGUGACGCGGCGCUGGUACGCCGAGCAUGUGUCUUUCCCGCUCGGCCUGGUCUUGCCGGGCCGCAUGCGGCGCCAAGAGCUGGACAAAUUGCGCCUGCUGCGAGGAGACUCCAGCCUGGAGCCCGGCGACGAGCUGGAGAAGGAGUUGUACGACGACGCCACCAACUGCAUGGACCUGCUGGCGCAGCGACUCGGAAUGCAAAAGUUCUUCUUUGGAGACUCGCCUUCGUCUCUGGACGCGGUCGUGUUUGGCUGGCUGGCCCCCAUCCUCAAGUGCGAGCUCCCCAGCGGGAAGUUGCAGCAACAUCUCAAGUCACUGGACAACCUGCACGCCUUCUGCGGCAACAUUCUGCUGGUCUACUUCCCCCAGAACGACGGUCCCCGAUUGGGGUGUUCGGCCAAGAGCUAUGAUGUGGAGCACGUGCCCAACCGGCGCGUCAAGCAGUUCCUGUCGGCGCUGGCGGCGGUGGGCGCCAUGCUGUCAUAUGCCUUGCUCACCGGCAUGGUGUCCGUCCAGCGCGGCCACAAGGGGGCGCUGGAAGGGCGACAACAUUCGGCUGGCCCUGAGGACGACGAAGAUGAGGACUGACGUUGGAAGACAAGGACUGACGUAGACCGAUUUCGUUGGAAGACGAAGACUGACUUUGCAGACCGCUUCCGUUGAAAAAAAAGGACUGAUGUUGCAAACCGCUUUUUUGGAAUUUCUCCCGCGUUUCCUUCACGUUUCUCAGCCGUCUUUCCCUGUUUGACAUCAUCUACCUUUCUUGUUUCCUCUCUUUUGUUGCUCUGAUGUUUCCUCUGAGCUCCUGUCACAUUUCCUUCCUGCUUCCUCCAUGUUGACAUGUGAAAUGUCAUAAGUAGAAUCUUUAUUUUUUUUUUUUUGCCUUUUUGAAAUAGUGUCAGUAACGCUCAUGGGAGCUCCGCUCCCUCAGUCUGUACUCCAGCUGCACGCCUGACGCCAAAGCUCAGGAAUGUUUGCGUGUGCGUGCUGACGAGCUUAUAUGGAAGCAGUUUGAGUUGAGCUUCAUCAUCGGAGACAAAAUAAAGGCCCUGUAUCCAUGGCAA